GCCGCCAUGGCCGUGCUCCGGAGCGCGGGCGCCGCGCACCUGCUGAGCACAGGACUCGCUGCGCUGACCCUGAACUACUGGACGCUGAGCUUCAACUUCAACAUCAUCACGAACACACUGGGCCAGCACAGGCACACCGCGCGGCCCAUGAAUUGCCACAAGUGGAACAAUGGCACGCCGAACGUGACUUGCCACAUGGACUACCCCACCCAGAUUGCGAAGGACUACUGGACACUGAAAAUCAACUCCAACAUCAUCACGAACAUAGAGUGCCAGCACAUGCAGGAUUACAACACGCUGACCCUGAACGACUGGACGCUGAACGUCAAUUUCAACAUCUUCACGAACACAGACGGCCAGUACGUGCAGGACUGGACGCUGAGCUUCAAGUUCAACAUCUUCACGAACACAGAGGGCCAGCACAGGCAGGGCUACGACACGCUGACCCCGAACUACUGGACGCUGAGCUUCAAUUUCAACAUCCUCGCGAACUCAGAGGGCCAACACAUGCAGAACUACACCACGCGGCCCCUGAAUUGCCACCAGUGGAACAAUUGCACGCUGAACGUGACUUGCCACAUGCUGCUUCAGACGACGCGCAAGACCAGGCUGAAUGGCAGCAACAAUACGGACACCUACACGAUGAGGAAAGAGCUCUCAGGGAUCAUAGCCAUCACGCAGGAGGUCGAAGGCUACAAGUACACCCUGGACUCCCCCCUCAGGAAGAGCGACACCCCAGAGGACAAGAGACGCCUGCAGGAGAUAGGGUCGCCAGCGCCGCCCUUCGCGCUGGCGAUCUUGGAAGAACUGUGCAAGUGUGACGUGGGCGGCUCCAUGGAGGGUGCCAUUUGGAACCACCUGCACCGAGCGGAGACCGAGGACACCGAGGCACAUACCGACAUCCCUAUUCGCGUCAUGCCCAGCCUGUUCACGGACCGCAACCAAGGGCCAGGACGACGAUCACGACAGCGCCGCACUGACAACGCAAUCGGCAGCUACCAACCCAGCGACGAGACCGGGCUCGGACGCUUGAUUCACGACAAGUUCCUGACGCACCAGCUGACAGCCAUCAACAUGUACAUCGACGUCGGCAAUACCUACUACGGGCACAACAAAGCCAGAUCAAGCAUCAACUACUACAUUGGCCACGACAAUUUCAUGGAAAUCGUGAAGCACGUGAAGCUGAAUUGGAAGAUCCACACCAAGCUAAGUAGCCUACUAAGUGUUGCCGACCACAUCCCCAUGAUUAUGCAGAUCAAGAUGCCUGUCAGCGGCGCCAACAUCACGAACAACAACAUCCGCUGGGACUAUGGCCUACUUGCUCUCCAGACGGGCGCCCACCGUGCGUCUUUUCUCAACGGCGCCUACGCCGAGACCAGCAAACGCAAGGAGGCCGUCCGAGUUGUCAAGAUGGAUCAGUGGGCUCCCCCCGAGGCCAGCGUGAGCGCCUCUCCCCUCCUCUCGGCGGCAACGCGCGACGGGGCGGACACCGACGACGAGACAUGCCCCACCUUCGAGUGCAACAUCGGCCGGUGGAACGCAUCGCGGGCAGCGACCUACGCAGCAGACCUAGACAUCGACCACUUCGACGGCUACAAGCAGCACAGCGCCCAGCAGCACGUCGUGGCGACUCCCGCUGGGCCCCUCCCAGGGCUCGAAGGGCUCGGGCACCGCUACGACGACACCAAGCAGAAGCUGGUGAUCGGCGCGCCCAUGUGGGAGGGCCAGGCGGUCCACCACCGAGGCGUGGCCCCAGUGGGCUGGCCCGAGGAGGAGGUAGGCCACUGGCUAGAGACGCUCGAGCAGUGA